GAAAGAUAAGACAAUGUUGUGUUUAUGAAGAAAAUCCGUAAGAUGUGUAACUUAAGUGAAGAUAUUAUUUUUCUAGAGUAAUGAUGAUAGUGGCAAGUGAUAUUGUACGAAAAAUAGUGAGUUUGUUGUGUUGUGAGUAGUGGUGUGGUGCUCAGAGUACAGCUGGCACCCAGAUCACCACAACCUAUGUUGGCACCCAGUGGGUCACCAAGACUCAUGCUGGUGUUGAGAGGGCCACUCAGACUCAUGCUGGAACCUAUGGGGUAAUACAUGAUACUUGAGUCCCUCUGACGUUUAAGGUGAUCAUAGUAAAGUUGCCACAACAAAGGUAGUUAUACCGUUAACAAAACUGAGAGUGAGAACACCAUGGAUGGAGGUGGUGGAUGUUCAUCGCCUUGCCACAGCUCGCCCAGGAGAAGGAAGAAAUCACCUUUGUCUUCUUCCUCUUCAUCACACACGUCGUCCUCGUCUUCAUGGAGUCAUGAGGAGGGCUACGAGGCUGAGGACCCGCCGCCCACUUGGCUGUACAUGACGGUGUGGGUGGCAGGGGUCCUCGUCUACCUCAAUGGGCUGACGGGCGACUUUGUGCACGAUGACGUCAGCGCCAUCAAAACAAACCCAGACGUGGUGGGAACUAACCCGCUGUCUCAUGUGUUCUUCAACGACUACUGGGGCAAACCCAUGUCUGAUCCUCUCUCUCACAAGUCUUACCGCCCCUUCGUCAUCCUAACUUUCAGCCGCGAUGCAGCAAGUGCUGAGCAGCAACAGCAACAUUGCUACUUUCCUCUACGUGUCAUCACAAUACUGUGUACAGUGGCCGUAGCUACGGGAGGCACUUGUGAGCCACGAUUAAGAACUAUCACUGAUGUCAGUGAAGAAUUUAAUGGCCAUAUGAUGAUUGGACGAGAGAAUCAGGACACAGUGAUUGGUAAUAAUGAUCAUAGCGACGAGGCUCUCAGAGAAUUGGUCACUCAUGUACAGCUCAGCGUGAGUUACUUGAGUGACACCACACCACCUGGUAACACCAUUAUGGUGCAGUAUGAAUGA